UCCACCACUAGGGAACCUCGAGGUAAAGAAAAUAAUAAAGAAAUAGAGCUUGAUUGAAUGCAUUAUUUUCUUACUUCUACGUAUAUGAUGUAUGCAUGCAGGACAAACUUGACGACGUGUUGCCAUUCAUGCCUAUGGGCCGCGGUAUGGAGCAACUCUUAGACGAGGUGAUGGAAAACAUGGACCAAGAUGAGCCGGCCUCAAAAUCCACACCUUCGGCCAAGUCUAGUUCGGUGGCGAAGCACACGCCCCAGGCGGCGAGUGAUCCAGCUGCGAAUUCUUCAAGUGUGGCAGGGAGCGAUCUCGUCGUGAAACCCGCCUCCCUGGCGACAAAGCCCGCUUCUUUAACCACAUCAACAAGCACCCCCAAAGUGGACAAAAAGCGGUAAUCGGGUGCUAUCAGUGACAAGGAUGUUGGGAUAACUGCAAAGAAACCAAGGCCGUCUGCUUGAGAUGUUUCCAGCAAAUCAACUAAUCUAGAAGGCUUUUAUUCCCAUGAGGCAAAAGAGCUCCGUGUAUUAAUUGAGCAACGCCAAAAUAUCCUUGCUAGAGAAAACACUUUGCUCGAGAAGCUCAAAGUCCCUCCGACUAAUAACAUCUCAAUGCCAAGCCUUGUUCUCCCACCCGGAAUAGCAGCAAAGUAUAUCUCAAUAGGACUCAAGGAUAUACAAGAGGCGCCAAGGGAGCAGCCGAUCAAUGAGGAGCUAACCAUAACUAAAAUCGAGUCUGUGAUAAGUAUGUGGAAGAUUCCGUAUGCCAACGAGGUCCCGCCAGACCUUGAGAUUCUGAUUCGACACCUUGAAGCAGUGGUGGCUCGUCUGGGAGGAAAAGGUGGUCUUGCCACUUCCCACACAUCGGCACCCGCGCCGGUGCAAGUGUCAUCUCUGUUGGAGAAACUCUAUGCAGCUCAUGCGGGGAUCACUCAAGGACUUUGCCGCCUCGAGAAGGAAGGGCCGCGCCUAGAGGGGCGCCUUGCCGACCUCGCCUCCAUCUGCAACAGACAAAAGAAGUUGGCCGAAGAACAUCAGAUGCUUGCCAGCAAAAAUCAGCAGCUUGCUAAGGAGUACAAGGCCCUCUGUGAGAAGGAAACGGAGAUGACGGCACUGGCUGAAAAGCGCACGUGCGUCCUAGCUGACAUGAUGACUUCUAGCUCCCGCCAUCUUGAAGCUCAUGAGGAUGCAGUCCGGAGUUCGUCACAGGUGGCCGAGCCAUACACAAGACAUCGUGCGGAGGCGGUUGCCUUCCUGGCUGCCGGCGGAACACUUCCGGAGAUCGUGACAAUCCUAUCAUAUAAAGCUCCUGAGUGAGGGAGCGGGCUAGAGAUCAUGGACUGCUCUGCAAAAGCUGCACUUAAAAAUAGGUUCCAUCUUAGUUAAAUAUAAUUUGUCUUAGCCCAUCCAGAAAAAAGUUUCAUUAGUCCCAGUGAACAUUUGUAUCAUCGAUCAAUAAAAUGAUAGCUUUUGUGAUAUAUCUCCUUUUUUUACUUUUACUCGCCAGGUCUUUGCUUCAUACUGGCCAUGGAGCUGCGUUGUAUCAGCUUCCCACAACGAUGAGGCUAGCUAACCACAACCUCCCUGGUAUAUCUGCUGCAAUCCUUCGGGCUUG